AUGCCGGGCGGCCAGAUCAACCAGCCCUCAAACCAGAUCAAGCUGACCAACGUCAGCCUGGUACGCCUCAAGAAGGGCAAGCAGCGCUUCGAGAUCGCCUGCUACAAGAACAAGGUGCUCGAGUGGCGCCAAGGGGUGGAGACGGACCUCGACAACGUGCUGCAGAUCACCAAUGUCUUCCUGGACGUCGCCCGCGGGGCAACUGCGCCCAACGCGCAGCUCGAGAAGGCCUUUGGCAAGGGCGCCCGGCGCGACGACAUCAUCCUCGAGAUCCUGAACAAGGGCGACAUCCAGGUCGGCGACAGGGAGCGCACCGCCGAGCUCGAGCGCGUCCACGCCGAGGUUGUCAGCAUCGUCGCGAGCAAAUUAGUCGACCCGCGCACCAAGAGGGUCUACACCUCGGGCAUGAUCGAGAAGGCCAUGGACAUGCUGUCACAGAAGGCCCACCAGGACAAGAAUGACAAGGAGGGCGGCGGCAAGGGGCCUGCCAGCAAUGCGGCAAGCGGCGCGGGAACACCAAUAGCGGGCGAGGACGGUGAAGCGAAGCCGCGGCCGGCCAAGGAGAAGGAACAUGUGUGGACGGGUGUGGUGACGACCAAGAGCGCAAAGAGCCAGGCGCUGGUGGCCAUCAAGGCGCUGAUUGCAAACCAGCCGAUCCCGGUUGCGAGAGCACGCAUGAGGCUGCGGAUAACAUGCGCCACGAAUGUGUUGAAGCAGGCUGAAGAGGCAGAUAUGGAGGAGGACGGGGAGAAGAAGGCCACUGGCACGGUCAAGGACAAGAUUUUGGGUUUUAUAGAGCAGGUCGAGACGCAGGACGUGUUAGGAAGCGAGUGGGAGGUUGUAGGUUUUGUCGAACCGGGAGCAUACAAAGGCUUGUCAGAUUUCAUAGCAGAUGAAACAAGAGGUCAAGGAAGGGUUGAGGUGCUGGAUGCAGCUGUCACUACUGAGGACGAUUAG